AUGGCUUUCGCCAACUUCCGCCGUAUCCUGCGCUUCACCGGUGAUAGGAAGAGGCUGCGGGAGUAUGAACAUGUCCGGAGAGACCUGGACCCCAACACGGUGUGGGACAUAGUCGGGGAGCUGGGGGACGGAGCUUUCGGGAAAGUGUACAAGGCCAAAAACAAGGAAACUGGCAUCUUGGCUGCUGCCAAAGUUAUAGACACAAAGAAUGAAGAAGAGUUGGAGGACUACAUGGUUGAGAUAGAUAUCCUCGCCACCUGUAAUCACCCCAACAUUGUGAAGCUACUUGGUGCUUAUUAUUUUGAGAACAAGCUCUGGAUCUUGAUAGAGUUUUGUCAAGGUGGAGCAGUGGAUGCAGUAAUGCUUGAAUUGGAUCGUGGUCUGACAGAAGCUCAGAUCCAAGCCGUGUGCAGACAGAUGCUGGAAGCACUGGUAUACCUCCAUAGUAUGAAGAUCAUCCAUCGGGACCUAAAAGCAGGGAAUGUUCUACUAACUCAAGAUGGAGACAUCAAGCUAGCGGAUUUUGGUGUCUCAGCAAAAAAUGCAAAAACUUUGCAGAGGAGAGACUCCUUCAUAGGUACCCCUUACUGGAUGGCCCCUGAAGUGGUGAUGUGCGAGACGAUGAAAGAUUCUCCAUAUGACUACAAAGCGGACAUUUGGUCUUUAGGCAUAACGCUCAUUGAAAUGGCUCAAAUUGAGCCACCACAUCAUGAACUUAAUCCAAUGCGGGUGCUUUUGAAAAUUGCCAAAUCAGAGCCCCCUGCUCUCUCUUCUCCUUCAAAGUGGUCUCAGGAGUUACGGGACUUCCUGAAGAAGGCUCUCGAUAAGAAUCCAGAGACCAGGCCAAGCGCCGUGCAGCUCCUGGAGCAUCCAUUUGUUAACAAAGGGGUAAAUAAGAAAAUUUUGCGGGAACUUGUGGCAGAGGCGAAAGCUGAAGUACUAGAUGAAAUAGAAGAGAAUGGCGAACUGGACGAAGAGGAGUCUCCUGAUGCACUGUCUCCACCUACGAAGAAUGGCAACCAGUACUCGUUUGAAGUUGAAAAGGGCAAGUCUAGUUUAACAAAACGCCAAAGCAAUGGUCUAAAACGUCAUGAAGACCGGACGGAUGGCCAAAGCCCAGACAGCACUAUAAGCAGCAAAUCUGACGGUAUAAAGUCUGCUGAGAACUCCACACAGAACAUCAAUGGUGAAGAAAAAGUCAAACCUGAUAUCAUCAUUAUCAACCCAUUAAUCUCCCCUGAAUUAAAGAAUUUAACAGCUGAGAAUCACAGUCUGGACAAGGAAAAAGACAAUGAGGUAUCUGUAUCAAAUGGCCACAUCCCAAAGAACAGCCAGUAUGACCGGCUAUCUGCAGAAUUGAUUCCCAAUGGUGGAAGUUUCGACUCUCCUUUCCGUUUCUUCAGUAGUCAACCUAAAAAGGAUUCUGAUUCAGGCAGUAACUCUGCUUCAGACAGUAUGGACCUCAGUAUCAACUUGUCGGCUGAUUUAUCCAUUAAUAAAGAGACUGGUUCUCUGUCAAUUAGGGAGUCUCGUCUUCACAACAAGACUUUGAAACGCACCAGACGAUAUGUAGUUGAUGGUGUAGAAGUGAGUAUCACCACCUCAAAGAUCAUCGGUGAUGAUGAGAAGAAGGAUGAAGAGAUGCGCUUUCUGAGGCGCCAGGAGCUACGUGAAUUGAGAUUGCUGCAGAAAGAAGAGCACAGGAACCAGACCCAGCUGAACACAAAGCAUGUGUUACAGCAGGAGCAGAUGAUACGUCGCUUUGAACAGGAAAUGCAUGCAAAGAAAAAGUUCUAUGACACAGAGCUGGAGUUACUGGAGCGCCAGCAAAAGCAGCAGAUUGAGCGGAUGGAGCAGGAGCAUGCUACACGCCGAAGAGAUGAGACCAAACGCAUCCGUACUGAGCAAGAGCGUGUACUUGCAAAAUUCCUUGAGCAUCUAAAGCUACGAAAAAAAGAGAUGAAGGCAUCUGUGGAAAAUCUACCAAGGUAUCAACGCAGAGAACGUAUGAAACUGAAAAUGGAUGAGUUUUCUCAGAUGAAGCAAAGUGAGGAGCAACAGUUCUUAAAUAAACAGAAGGAUGAUAUGGCUCUGGUUUUGAGUGCUAUUACACUGGAGAACAAGAAAGAGAUAUAUAGCAAGGAAAGGGAAUUCCUGAAUAAGAAACAGCAGCUUCUCAGAGAGAGGGAAGCUCGCAUAUGGGAAUUGGAAGAGCGCCACCUACAGGAAAGACAUCAACUCAUAAAGCAGCAGUUAAAGGAUCAAUAUUUCUUACAACGUCAUGAACUGCUCAGGAAGCAUGAGAAGGAGCAAGAACAAAUGCAGCGGUACAAUCUGCGCAUGAUUGAACAACUCCGAAUACGGCAGCAGCAAGAGAGAGCACGCUUGCCCAAACUUCAGAGAAGUGAAGCAAAGACACGGUUGGCUAUGUACAAAAAAAGUCUUCACAUCAGCUCUUUUUCCAGUGGUCCGGAACAGAGGGAGAAGGUUAAGCAGUUCACACAGCAGGAAGACAGGAGACAGAAGGCAGAGAGAUCACAGCAACUGCAAAAGCAUGAACAGCAGAUAUUGGAGAUGCAUGCCCAGUGCGACAGCAAUGCAAGAGAGCUGCAGCAGCUUCAGAACGAGAAGUGUCAUCUUUUAGUGGAGCACGAGACUCAAAAACUAAAGGCUUUGGACGAGGGUCACAUACAGAUGCUGAGAGACUGGAGGGAAAAGUUAAGGCCCCGCAAAAAGGCUCUGGAAGAUGAUCUUGAGCAGAAGAAGCUGGAACAGGAAAUGUUCUUCCGCAUGAGUGAGGGCACAGGAGGACAUAACGGUUCAGCUCAGAAACCUGCUAAGUUUUACGCCUACGGUUCAGCUGAGGCCUCAUAAUGAUCAGCAAUACUCACUUUAAUACCCAUCUCCAUAGAGGGAUCUGGAAAAGGUUUUGUUACAACUUUGCCAAUAAACUGUCUUUGCACUUAAUGUGAAAGUAAAAAAUUUGAAGGAACGCCUGACGCCCAUAACAUGUCAGAAAGACUUGAAAAACAGAGAAGAGCUUAAUGUUGAGGAAAUGCCAUAUCCAUAAUUAUACAAUGAAAAGCUG